CGUGGUUUUUUUUGCCACUCAUUUGUCUCAUUUUGUCCAAACGUUUUAUGAUGGGUGUGAAUUCACAAAGGAGUAUUUGAACACCAGCUCCUCAUCUCCUUGCAGUCUGAAGGCCCUGCAGAGCGGAGUCCACCUCGAACCUGAAAAAGCUGCAAGGACAAGGACAGUGCAGUGGUGCUUUCUUCCCGCUCUUUGUGCCAUGGCUGCCGUGUUCAAACUGGGCCUUUGUCUCCUGUUGUUACUUGGGACUCUAGAAGCACUAAAGACACGUUCCAUAGAUAUUCAGUCCAAAUGCCUGGGAAAUAUCAUGCGUGUGGAUGUUGGUCCACUUGAAGGCAAGCGUCUUGAAGUUUCCGCUGUUGUUGGUAACUCUGCCUAUAAGCUCACACAAAGCUUGGCGACACAGUGCGGCUUCAGUAUGACCUACAACCAGCAAGAAACCAUCCUGAUCUACGCCUCUAUUCAAAACUGUUUUGCUCAAAAUACGGGGGGUUCAUUCAGGACGGUGUUAAACCUCAGACUCUAUGGCAACCAAAUGGUUCAAGAUGAGGUGUACCAGGUGGCUGAAACCUGCAGCUAUGGCGCGCCCGCCUUCAGGGAAAUAAUCUGUGACCGCAACUAUAUGGAGGUGUCUGUGAAAAGGGUCGUUUCAGAUGAUUACGCCCUGCCAGGGACCGCCCCCAACUUUGGUGAGCCUCGGCGAGCUGCUGAGACUCUAAUGGAUCCCGGAUACAAAAUCUCCACCCUGAUUUUCAACACCCCCGAGGAGAAAAAGAUGACUCUGAUGGAGGCCCAGAAGCACGGCUACAGGGUCUCAAAGACUCCAACGAGACUGGUUCUGCGAAGCUCCAAGUCCGCGCCUGACACCUACAUCCAACACGUCGCAGGUGUGCCCAUGUCUGUGCUGCAAACCACCACCAUCUUCAAAAAGAAGUGGCUCACAACUCAAAUUGACGCAGCAGCUGCUUGCCCUACCCUUGAAGGUAGUGUCUACAUCACAGAAGACCUGAUCAGCUGGUUCCUGCCCACCCAUAUCGACCCACUCGUUUCCUCCGACCAAGUCCGACUCCAGGAGGUGCACGUGGGCAUCGACGGAAUGCGGUUGGACGCCGCCGAGGCGUCCGCUCGGGGCUACAACUUGACUGUCGACCACAUGUACAUCGUGGUGCAUAUUCCCAUCAGGGCGCCGGGUGGUUUCUUAAAGAGUCUUGUCCAGAACGAUCAGUACUUGGUCUGCUUUGUGAUCGAGCCCAUGCUUGAGUUGCUGUGGACGGAGGACGCUCCCAAUAAGGACACGCGAUACAAAGUCUUCCUCCCCAUCAGGACACCGCCCGUUUCCCACUCCGUGCACGUGCAGGACAACACUGUUGCGGAGCAGAAGGCCUUCAAAGUGACUCUUGGGCCCUUCGCGCCGGAUGUGGUUUUACGCAACAUCACCUUCGUCGGGGAAAUCUUGUCGGCGGCAGACUGCAGCAUGCGAGGCUUUGACCUGCACGAGGAUCACGCUCAAGAGGGCGGAUUGAAGUUCUUCUCGCUCAAAGUGCCUUUCGAUGACAAAGUUGUCCUACAGAAGAAAGACAUGGGGUACGUGGUCUACUCGCUACAACUGACUUUCGGUCUGGUGGUCCUGCCAGACUAUGUACCAUUUUCUUACUCUACUUAUCUGGAAGCAAAAUUGGCUGUCAUGGCCUCAGUCCAACCUUACAUCAGUGGCGCCUGCGACUCCCAGGACUUCUACAUUCUUGUGCGAUACGGAACCCAAGGCUCCAACUUCCAAACUACCAUUGGAAUGCGCCCUUUGACGCAGACCUUGGCUGAGGAAUAUGGCUUCACAGAGAACGGAACCCACUUCAGGGUUGUGGUCCCCUUCACAUCGCAGGAUGUUGUCUUUGAGGCCAUCGAUGAGUUGUUCAUCAAAGGCCGACUUGAUGUCGGGUUGCAAAAUCGAGAUACCAGGAAGCAAAUCAAAGACUUCACUCUGACUUGUAGUUUCCCCGUCACACUGAUCGAGUGUUUACCCAAUGGAACUAUGACUGCUCUGGCGGUCAAACUGGAGUCUGUUCCCAGUCUGAACCCCCGUCAGCUGACCCUCAGAGACCCCAGCUGUCGUCCAUCCUACAGCAACGACCGCUAUGCUUAUUUCGUCUUCACCGCCAAGACAUGUGGAACCACCAGAAAGUUUUUGGCCAACGAAAUGCUUUAUGAGAAUGAAAUCUCUCUGCCGGAUGUGCUUGUACAGAGUGGACGCACCAACCCAGAAGAGCCGGUGUAUGAUUUGAAGGUUUCCUGCUCUUACGACGUCAACGCAAGUCGCGCCAUGACCUUCCAAACCAGGCCUCGCAGGAACGACCCGUAUGCAGAAAACGAAAAAGGCGAGCGGCAAGUGAAGCUGAGGCUCGCUAAAGAUGACUCGUUCAAGGCAUUUUAUGGCGCCUCUGACUAUCCCAUAUCAAAGUACCUGCAGCAGCCGUUGUAUUUCGAGGUGGAACUCGUGAGGUCGAAAACCCCUAAGGUGUCACUGGAGCUGGAGAACUGCUGGGCCACCGAGAACAAGGACGGGACCUCUCUGCCCAGAUGGAAUCUGAUCAUAAAUGGCUGUGCAAACCCUACUAAUCCACACCGGGUCGUCUCCCACCCUGUGUUGAAAGAUGUCCAAGUGAUGUAUCCAGCCCACAUCAAGCGCUUUGAGGUCCAAAUGUUUGUUUUUGCCCAAGACCAGGAUACCUUAAAGAAGCAGCUUUAUGUCCACUGUGACGUGGAGAUCUGUGACCCCCAAAACCCUUGCAGGAAGAGGCAGUGUUCCAUCCAGGGUAACCCGCUCGAAGAACAAAGACAUGCCACUUCUGACGUCGGCCUCAGGCAUGUCUCUUCUGGAUGCAUACUCCUAAACUGACUUAAUAAAAGUGAUUUUUAAAUCUGA